AUGGUCAGCGGACAUAUCAGAUAUUCAAUCCCGGAGGAGAUGAAGAAAGGCUCCUUAAUCGGAAAUGUAGCGCAGGAUCUCGGUCUGGAUGUGAAAAGGCUUCGCUCUGGUCGGGCGCGUAUCGUGACCGGAGAGAGCGUCCAGUACACCGAGCUGAAGACAGACAAAGGGAUUCUGGUCGUGAAUGAGAGAAUAGACCGAGAGCAGCUUUGCGGAGACGUGACGCCGUGUAGUUUCAGCUUUGAGGUGAUUUUAGAAAACCCUAUGGAGCUACAUCCAGUGAAAAUAAUGAUCCAGGACCAGAACGACAACCCCCCUCAGGUCCUGUACCCAGUCCAGACUGGUGGCUCUGUGGUGGCUGAGAUGGUGCCUCGUUCAGCAGAUGUGGGCUAUCUGGUGACUAAAGUGGUGGCUGUGGAUGUGGACUCUGGCCAGAAUGCGUGGCUGUCGUAUAAACUGCAGAAAGUCACAGACAGGGCGCUGUUUGAAGUGGGCUCACAGAAUGGAGAAAUAAGAACUAUCCGCCAAGUGACUGAUAAAGAUGCAGUGAAACAAAGACUGAGUGUUAUAGUGGAGGACAACGGGCAGCCCUCUCGUUCAGCUACAGUCAUUGUGAACGUGGUGGUGGCGGACAGCUUCCCUGAAGUGCUGUCGGAGUUCACUGACUUUCCACACGACAAGGAGUACAAUGACAACCUGACUUUUUACUUAGUGUUGGCUCUGGCUGUAGUCUCCUUCCUGUUCAUCACGUGUUUGGUGGUGAUUAUAUCAGUGAAAAUCUACAGAUGGAGACAGUCUCGCGUGCUGUAUCAGUCCAACCUGCCUGUGAUUCCAUAUUAUCCACCACGUUACUCAGACACUUUGGGGACAGGGACUCUGCCACACGUGUACAACUACGAGGUGUGCAGGACGACUGACUCGAGAAAGAGUGACUGUAAGUUCGGCAGAGCUGGUAGUCAGAACGUGCUGAUAAUGGACCCCAGUUCAACAGGGACGAUGCAGCGGAUGCAGAGUGAGAAGAGCAUCCUGGAUGAACCAGACUCUCCUCUGGAGUUCAGGGGCGUUCUUUGUGAGACCGCACUGUAG